AAACUCCAUUCACCUCCAUUUUCUUCUCCAAUUCUGAGCGCCUCCACCCCAACCAUGGCCAACCAAAAACUCUCGCCCUCCUUCCUUGUUCUCUUCUUACUCCUUCUCUUCUCCACCACUACCAGCGCGGACAACUCCGAUUUCUUCUCUAAGAGCCUCUCUCCUUCUUCACUCAAACUCAAGCAGCAGAAACUCACCCACCUCCACUUCUACUUCCACGACAUACUCUCCGGGAAAAACCCCACCGCCGUCCGGAUCGCACAAGCACGAAUCACCAAUACCUCCUCCACCUCCUUCGGCGCCCUGGCUAUGAUUGACGACCCUUUGACCUUUUCGCCCGACAUCAACUCCACCCUGGUAGGAAGAGCUCAAGGGCUUUAUGCGUUGUCAUCCCAGGAGGAAUCAUCGUUAAUGAUGGCGAUGACCUUUUCGUUCUUGGAAGGGAAAUAUAAUGGGAGUGCGCUCAGCCUGUUGGGGCGGAACCCGCCGUUAAACACCGUGAGGGAGAUGCCGAUUGUCGGCGGCACCGGCCUUUUCCGGUUUGCUCGAGGGUAUGCUCAGGCGAGGACUAAUACCUUUAAUCUCACUACCGGGGAUGCUUGCGUUGAAUAUAAUGUUUAUGUUCUCCAUUACUGAUUAAUUUAUUUGAUCGUCAGAUUGUUGCUUUGGUCCGGUCAGUUAUGUGUUUUUAUGCCUUAUUUACCUUUUUCUUUUUCUUUUUUCUUUGAUGGAGCCUGAUUCACUUUGUUUAAUAUAUAUUAAGAGUGUCC